AUGGGUCAAGCAAUUUGUAGUUUUGAAGCAAAAGUAGCUUUGCAUCCAACAAUGGCGAUACCAUUGGCAUUGGCACUUGUCUGUGUGAUUUUCAUGACACCAGGAGCAGCAUGGGGGGCUCUCGUCCAACACACGUUUACUGUUAAGACUGUGAACGUGACUAGACUGUGCAAGCAACAGCAAAUUGUGACUGUCAAUGGGCAGUUUCCAGGUCCCCCCAUAUAUGUUAAUAAUGGUGACAACCUUGUGGUUCACGUGAUAAACCAGGCUGCUUACAAUAUUACAAUCCACUGGCAUGGAAUAAGGCAGAUGAGAUCUGGAUGGGCUGAUGGACCAGCCUACAUAACACAGUGUCCCAUUACUCCGGGCAGCAGUUAUACGUACAAUUUCACUAUAAAAGAUCAGGAAGGGACGCUAUGGUGGCAUGCACAUAUCCUAUGGCUUCGAGCUACAGUGUAUGGGGCUUUAAUAAUUAAACCACCGUCCACAAUCACUUAUCCUUUUGUUCGACCGGAUGCUGAGUAUCCUAUUAUCUUAGGCGAAUGGUGGAAUGCGAAUAUUGUAGAUGUAUUAAACCAGGGUAUUCAAACAGGACAGCUACAAGACUCAGAUGCAUAUACCAUUAAUAGCCAGCCAGGAGACUUAUAUCCAUGCUCUGCACCUGAUACGUCUUACCGCAUUCUGGUUCAGACGGGGAAAAAAUAUCUCCUGCGAAUCAUCAGUGCUGUGAUGAAUGAACCCUUAUUCUUCACAAUUGCGAACCACAAAAUGAUAGUUGUAUCAGUGGACGCCUCAUAUACCAAACCAUACUUUACAGAUGUUGUGGUGAUAUAUCCUGGACAGACCGUAGACGUUCUCUUCGUAGCAGGGUGUUCGUCAGGGUCAUACUACAUGGCUACUAGGGCAUACAGGAGUGGACCUUUUGUGCCAAUCAACAAUUCCACUGCAACAGCAAUCUUACAGUACACGAACAACACUGUUCCAGUAAUGCCCUCUCUUCCCCAAUUCAAUGAUACCCCAACUGCUUUCAAAUUCAGUACAGGUCUCAGAAGUGCUUUUCCCAGUAUACCAAUUGUGUUUCCCUAUCUGUCUACCCUGAAUUCCUAUUUCCCAGGUCUGUUUCCCUCUGUCCCUACGACUAUCGAUGAAAAAAUGUUGAUAACAGAGGGAAUUGGACUCAAAGUCUGUCCACCCAAUACUUGCACAGCGUCGGGGGGCUUGAGAGUGGUUGGAAGCUUCAAUAACAUUUCAUUUGUCAGGCCCCAGAUUGCUAUUCUACAAGCCUACUAUUUGGGUAUUGCUGGAGUUUAUACCACAGAUUUUCCGAGCAAUCCCCCUUUGGUGUUUAAUUACACUGCUACAAAUCAAAGGCAGGAUAUUCUGUUCCCGGAAUCCGGGACCAAAGUAAAAGUCCUUCCUUUCAACAGCAAUGUGGAAAUAGUGUUUCAGGGCACCAGCAUUCUCAGCAAUGAAAGCCAUCCUGUGCACAUCCAUGGGUUUGAUUUUUAUGUUGUGGGACAAGGAUUUGGUAACUAUGAUCCCCAAAAAGAUCCUCAGAAGUUCAACCUGGUGGAUCCUCCACGGCGCAAUACAAUUGGAGUUCCGCCUGGUGGGUGGGCAGCCAUCAGAUUCAAAGCUGACAAUCCAGGAGUAUGGUUUGUACAUUGCCAUUUUGAUGUUCAUUCGGAGUUUGGAUUUAACAUGGUAUUUCUUGUGGAGAACGGAACACGCGCGGACCAGAAUUUGCUUCCUCCUCCUCUUGAUCUACCCAAAUGCUAA